CCAUCUGUUACGUGUGUGAUGUGUCAAGUCGAUAAAGGGACUACUAGUAUUAUGGCUGCAUAGGGACACCAUUAAACACAACUUAUGAGUGGAAUGGAGUGUGAACCUUGUAAUCUUUUGGAUAAAAAGAAUUCUGCAGUUCAGUGGUGUAUAUCAUGCCACGAACGGUUAUGUUUAGAAUGUAGUAGUUAUCAUAGAGCUCUUACUGCAACAAAAGACCACAGCUUAAUAACGACAAAACAAUAUGAAGCAAUACUUCCAAUUCUAACAUCAGUGGAGACCAAAUGUUGUCAUCAUUCAGAGAAAGAUUUGGAGUAUGUUUGUAAAGAACAUGAGUGUUUCUGUUGUAUUAUAUGUAAACGUGAAAAGCAUGUAGAUUGCAGAAAAGUUGAGAAAAUAGAAGAAAUCAUUAGCGAAACUGAUUUAAUGAGCGAACUCAAAAAUAUGAGCAGCAGGUGCGAACACGCAGGUGACAAUCUAAGUAAACUUACAUAUUCAACAGAUGUAAAUAUGGUGAAUUUGGACAAAGCUAAAAAUGAAAUAUUUCAUCAAAUGCAAAUUCAUCGAGUGAAAAUUAACCAUGCUUUAGAUACUAUUGAAAAUGAUAUAAAACAAGAAAUUAAUAAAUCUUUUAAGACAGAAAAGAAUAAGCUUCAAAAGCAAAGGAAUGAAUACACGAAGAAAAAAUCUGAAAUAGAAAAAGAACAAGAAAUGAUUCACACGAUGUUAGAAACGGAUAUAAAAUCAAAUAAACAUUUGUUUUUAGUACAACGAAACAUCCAGGAUAAGUUAAAUUCGAAAGAAUUGUUAGUUGAAAACUUUGUUUCUUCUUUCCAAAUUAUAGCUUCGAAUUGUAGGGUUGGAACUAGUAUUGAUAAAGAGUCGGGAAGUGUAAAAUUUACGAAAACGAUAGAAUUUAACAGAAAUCACUGUAAAUUUGAUUUACAUUCAUUUCCUACGGAGGAUGAAAAUGACGAGACGGCUUCCUCUACUGUUGAAGCAGAAGAAAUGGUGCCAUUAGACAAAUUUCAGAAAAAAAGAACCGACACCAAAAUACCUGAUUUUAUAAUAUCGCCAGUAUCAACCAAUUAUACGUUUAAAUAUAAAAGAAACAUUGUCUUGGCAUCAACUAAUGCAAAUUCCAAUAAUGCUCAUUUUAUCAAAAGUAUUUCCAAGAAGUAUGUAGUAGUAUGGGCAUUGUCAGAGAAGUAUUUGUUGUUCUAUAACACGGAGAGUAUGAAAGAAAACAAGAUAUAUCUACAAUUCCCUCCGAGUUCAAUUGCAAUAAUUGACGAAAAAACAAUAGCCAUUACAGCCUGUAGGGAAAUUGUAUUUGUAAAUACACAAAGGUUCACUUACAUGCAUACUGUUAACAUUGAUGACGAUUGCUUUGGGAUAGCUUUCAUGAGAAACCAACUAUUUGUAAAUUGUGAGAGUAAAGGACUUAAAGUGAUGGAUGUGAAAGGAAAUAUCUCAAAAUCAUUCGAAGAGAUAACUGGAAAGUUGCAGCUGUGUGUACUUAAUAGAAGGAAUAUUGCUGUAACAAAACAGGGAUGUUAUUCGAUAAUUUUCCUGAAUAUAUCAACUUCAAGUAUGAGAACAAUCGAUUUACCAGGUUCAGAAGUUCCGAAUUGUAUGAGCAGUUUUGGGGGAAAUAUACUUUUGGUUACCACCAGCAAUAAUCAGGUAUUCCAAGUUAACAUUGAUUAUAAAAACUGGCGUCGUCUUAUAAAAGCAAUUUGUGAAAAUGACCAACUAUAUGGAAUUGAGUUUGACAAAUACAGCAAUGAACUAUACCUGAUGAAUAAGAAUGGUUGUCGCGUCUACAUACUUGGUAGAUAG